AAAAGGGCUGGCUUGGCAGUGGCUCCUUGCAGUCGACGAACUGUCAGGGCGGGAGUAGCUGUGAGCCAGAGCAGCCAGCAGCGGCCCGCGCAGCAAAGCGGAAAGCCAGGCUACCAGAGUGCAAGGAGUCGCGGUGGCACAAGCUACUCAGGCGACACAGGCAGCCCAGCUAGCCCGGGCCGCCCGACCAGCCUCACAACCAGCCUCCAAGACAAACAGCUGCUCCGCGGACUGCGAGCUGUGGCGGUAGAUCCCGCUACAGCAAUCGCAGUCUCUGUGGAGCGGGCGGAAGCCCUUUUUCUCUUUUUUCGUCCCCCUCUUCAUUCUACUAAUAGAGGAGUCUAAACAGUAGCUUCAGCGAAGCUGAAUGAAACUCUGAUCUGGGAAAGUGCGGGGAUGCAGAGUUGACGCCCCAGACCAUUAGGGGAGACUCCUGGAGCAAGCCCAGCUGAGGGGCAGUGCCUCACCAGUGAAUCCGCGGUGGACCCUGGAAGCUGGCCCAGCUGUGCUCCUCUCUCUGGGGUCUCCGAUUUGAGUCCAGGUUUGAUAGCGCAACCCCCGUGGGGAGCGACCCUUGCCGCAGGGCUUCGGAAAACUGUGCGCACAGCAGGGCGCCCAGCGUCUACUGGAUUGGUCUUCCUGGCAUGAUCCCAUUUCUUCCUGCCCUGGGACCUAGUGGAUGUAGAGAUGUAUAUCGUGAGCUGACAAACAGUACCCUUAGUAUUGAGAGUGGUAUGGACUUGUUGUCCGGGACGUAUAUAUUUGCGGUCCUGUUAGCAUGCGUCGUGUUUCAGUCUGGCGCCCAGGAGAAGAAUUAUACAAUCCGAGAAGAAAUGCCAGAAAACGUCUUGAUUGGAAACUUAUUCAGAGACCUCAACUUGUCACUUAUUCCGGACAAGUCCUUAACCACUCCUAUGCAGUUCAAAUUAGUUUACAAAACCGGGGAUGUACCAUUGAUUCGCAUUGAAGAGGGUACUGGAGAGAUCUUCACUUCUGGCGCACGUAUUGAUCGUGAGAAAUUAUGUGCAGGAAUUGUGUUGGAUGCCAGUUGCUUUUACGAAGUGGAAGUUGCUGUUUUGCCGGAUGAAAUAUUUAGAUUGGUUAAGAUACGCUUUCUGAUAGAAGACAUAAAUGAUAAUUCACCGUUAUUCCCGACAACUGUCAUCAACAUAUCAAUUCCAGAGAACUCAGCUAUAAACUCUCGAUAUUCUCUUCCGGCAGCCAUUGAUCCUGACAUCGGAAUAAAUGGAGUCCAAAAUUACCAACUAAUUAAGAGUCAAAAUAUUUUCGGCCUUGAUAUUAUUGAAACACCAGAAGGAGACAAGAUGCCCCAGCUGAUUGUUCAAAAGGAGUUAGAUAGAGAAGAGAAGGAUACGUAUGUGAUGAAAGUAAAAGUUGAAGAUGGUGGCUCUCCUCAAAGAUCCAGUACAGCUAUUUUGCAAGUUAGUGUUGCUGAUAUGAACGACAACCAUCCAGUCUUCAUAGAGAAGGAAAUUGAAGUCAGUAUACCAGAAAAUGCUCCUAUAGGUUCUUCAGUGACACAGCUCCAUGCCACAGAUGCAGACAUAGGUGAAAAUGCCAGAAUUCACUUUUAUUUCAGCAAUCUAGUCUCCAACAUCGCUAAGAGACUAUUUCAUCUUAACGCCACUACUGGACUUAUUACUAUCAAAGAACCACUAGAUAGGGAAGAAUCAUCAAGUCACAAGUUAUUGGUUUUGGCAACUGAUGGCGGAUUGACACCAGCAAGAGCAACGGUUCUGGUAAAUGUCACAGAUAUCAAUGAUAAUGUGCCAUCAAUUGACAUAAGAUACAUCGUCAAUCCAACCAAUGGCACUGUGUUUCUUUCAGAGAAUGCUCCGCUUAACACUAAAAUUGCUCUUAUAACUGUGACGGAUAAGGAUUCUGAACAUAAUGGUAGAGUAACAUGCUUCACAGAUCAUGAAGUUCCUUUCAGAUUGCGACCAGUAUUCAGUAAUCAGUUUCUCUUGGAGACUGCUGCAUUUCUUGACUUUGAGUCCACAAAGGAAUAUGCCAUUAAAUUACUGGCCGCUGAUGCUGGCAAACCUCCUUUGAAUCAGUCAUCUACGCUCCUGAUCAAAGUAAAAGAUGAAAAUGACAAUGCUCCGGUUUUCACCCAGUCUUUCAUAAGCCUUUCUGUUCCUGAGAAUAACUCUCCUGGUGCACAGUUGACAAAAAUCAGUGCAACAGAUGCAGACAGCGGACAAAAUGCUGAAAUAAGCUACAUGCUAGGUUUUGAUGCACCACCUGAAUUCAAUCUGGAUCGUCGUACAGGCAUCCUGACUGCAGUGAAGAAACUAGAUAGAGAAAACCAGGAAAAAUAUUACUUUACAGUCCUGGCACAGGACAAUGGAAUUCCACCUUUAAUGUCCAAUGCCACUGUCUUUGUGACUGUUCUUGACCAAAAUGAUAAUAGCCCAAUGUUCACUCACGAUGAGUACAACUUCUAUGUUCCUGAAAACCUUCCAAAACAUGGCACAGUAGGGCUAAUAACUGUGACUGAUCCUGAUUAUGGAGAGAAUUCUGCAGUUACUCUCUCCGUCUUAGAUGUGAAUGAUCAAUUCAGUAUUGAUCCACAGUCUGGUGUCAUCAAGCCAAAUAUUUCAUUUGACAGAGAAAAACAAGAAUCUUAUACUUUCUAUGUAAAAGCUGAGGAUAGUGGUAGGGUAUCACAAUCUUCAAUUGCUAAAGUAACCAUAAAUGUGGUUGAUGUCAAUGAUAACAAACCAAUUUUUAUUGACCCUCCUUCCAAUUACUCCUUUGAAUGGGUUCUACCAUCCACAAAUCCUGGCACAGUCGUCUUCAAGGUUGUUGCAAUUGAUGAUGAUAUUGGCAUGAAUGCAGAGGUUCAAUACAGCAUUGUUGGAGGAAAUAUCAAAGGACUUUUUAUGAUUGAAGAAAUAUCAGGCAACAUCACAUUGAAGGAGAAGUGUAUGGCUUCAGAUCUUGGUUUACACCGAGUCAUAGUCAAGGCUAAUGAUUUAGGACAACCUGAUUCUCUCUUCAAUGUUGUAUAUGUCAAUUUCUUUGUAAAUGAGUCCGUGCCCAAUGCCACACUGAUUUAUGAACUGGUGCGCAGAAGCAUUGAUGCACCUGCAAAUCAAAAUACUGAAGCAACUAAUGCAUCCUCACCAACAAUUGAUUAUGCCAAGAUCAUGAUUGCCGUUGUUGCUGGCGGCAUAACUGUCCUCCUAGUUAUUUUCAUCACUGCUGUAGUAAGAUGCCGCCGCCAAUCACCACGCCUUAGGGCUUCUCAGAGAAACAAACAGAAUUCUGAGUGGGCUACUCCAAACCCAGAAAACAGGCAGAUGAUUAUGAUGAAGAAGAGGAAGAAAAAGAAGCAACCCCCCAAGAACCUGCUGCUUAAUUUCGUUACUAUUGAAGAAGCAAAGCCAGAUGAUGAUGAAAAUGAGAGAAACAGCAUCACACUAGAUCUUCCCAUUGAGCUGGAAGAGCAAACCAUGGGCAGAUACAACUGGGGCACUUCUACCUUCAAGCCUGAUAGCCCUGAUUUGGCUCGACACUACAAAUCUGCCUCUCCCCAGCCUGCAUUCCAGAUUCAGCCUGAAACGCCCCUGAACUCAAAGCACCACAUCAUUCAGGAACUGCCUCUUGAUAAUACCUUCGUUGGCUGUGAUUCCAUCUCCAAAUGCUCCUCCAGCAGUUCCGAUCCUUACAGUGUUUCUGAGUGUAGCUAUCCAGUGACAACCUUCAAGGCCCCCGUGACUGUGCAUACUAGACCGCCAAUGAAGGAGAUGGUACGAUCUCACACACCCAUGAAAGAGGCAACCACUGUAGAAAUCUGGACUCAUCCACAACCACAGCGGCGAUCUGAUGGAAAAAAGGCAGGAAAGUCACAGAGACGUGUCACAUUUCACCUACCUGAAGGCUCUCAGGAAAGCAUCAGUGAUGGUGGAUUGGGAGACCAAGAUGCAGGCAGCCUUCCCAGUACAUCCCAUGCACUGCCUCUUGGCUAUCCUCAUGAAGAGUAUUUUGAUCAUGCUGCACCAAACAACCGCACUGAAGGGGAUGGCAACUCUGAUCCUGAAUCUACUUUCAUUCCUGGACUAAAGAAAGCUGCGGAAAUAACAGUGCAGCCAACUGUGGAAGAAGCCUCUGACACCUGCACUCAAGAAUGCCUCAUCUUGGGCCACUCUGAUUCCUGCUGGAUGCCAGCUGCUCUGACCAAUCCUAGACCUUCACAGAUAAAGACCUCUGCUAUCUGCCACAGCCCACCCAGGACCCGCUCGUCGGCUCGUCGCUACAGCCCUCCAGUGACACAGACAGUUGCUAUCUGCCACAGUCCCCCUGUGACACAGGCUAUUGCACUGUGUCACAGUCCACCACCAGCACAGGCCUCUGCAGUCUGCUAUAGCCCGACUCUAGUUCAGGCUGUGGUAAUUCACCACAGUCCUCCUCUGCCAGAGUUUGCCACACUCCAUCACGUUCAGGCACAACCACCAAUGGGUUUGCAGCAAGAAUGGGUGCAGGGUGCUGGAGCAGACGGACUGUAUCCUAUUGAUGAGGGAGUACAGGGUAGUACAAGAGAUCAGUUUUACACCAUAACUGAAAUAGUUCAUCCAGAUGAUGAUGACUCAGUUAAAGUCAUUCCCUUGACCACCUUUACUUCAGGUCAACAGGCCAGAUCCUCAAGAGGUGAUUCUCCCAUCAUAGAGGAGCAUCCCUUGUAAAGAGUAACAUUCAACUUUAAUGAGUAUUCUAAUUUGGGAUGUUUAUAAAUAGCUGUGUAAAUAGAAACAGAUAACAGAAUCAGACUAGAGCUAGACCCUUAGUCAAAAGAUGAUAAAAUAAAUUUAAAAUCUAAUUUGGACUGUGAAUUUUCAAAAGAAGUAAAGAAUUUAUAUCCAUAUGUACAGAAAGGCUUAUCAUGACAGAAAUUAAUAUGUAAUAUAUAAUAUUUCUGAUGUACUCUGAUGAAUUUUUAUUUUUUACCGCCAUGUGCAAUAUUACUGAUUUCUUCUUUUCUGAUUUUUGUGAAUUCAGUAUGUAGUUAUUGGGAAAUUGGCCGUGAUCUGAUUUUCCAAGUUUACCGUUAGUUUGUCUGUUUUUCUAAGUUUGCCUUUAGUUUUUGUAAAUACUGUUUCAGAUAAAAUUAGAUGGCACAGUUCUAUAGCAUUUUUGUUCAUCUUUUGUUUUGUUUAUUCUAGUUGCCUUUAUUUUUUUAAUUGUAUUUUUACCUUCGAAAAUGUACAGUGGGGGGUGUAAAUAAAAUAUUUUACAGUUUUUUGUCUCUAUCACUGUUUUUUAUGUUUUCUACCUUUAUUUCAAGUACAUAUUGAUAUAAUUUGUAUAUACAUUUUUUCAAAAAGAACAUAUAUAAACUGUACAGAACUAGGUUUUAACCUACUUCUCUACUCUUUAGUAGAGUUCGAGACACUGAAGUGCAAUAGCUAGGCCCAUAUUAGGCAACUAUUAGCCAGAAUGGGCCUGUGCUUUUUUAUAUUUAUAUGUUUUUGAAGUGUAGUGUAAAGUACAUCAGAAAUACUAUUGUAUAUACCAUGGUAAGCCUAUAUACCAAUACAAAUUAGGUAUUUAUCUUCUGGAACUUGUAUAUAAAAUUCAUGAAACAGGUGGGGAGGUUCAAUAAAUUAUUAGCACAUAACUAUUACUGCAAAGUAGUAUUUCUAAAGAUAAUUGAGAUGUUUUAAAUAUCGAUUUGACAGCUCAAUGGCUGUCACUGAAAAUGCUCAGUAAAAAUGAACAAACAAAUAAAAUUGUACAUAAAGCCCCGUAUUAAGGAUAUAAGGCUAAGGGAAUUUUUUUUAAUCAAUCUAGCUCAAUUUACUGAAGAAAACUACUGAAAACAAGGUCAAAUCAAGAAAGAACUUUUCAAGAGACUUAAUUCUAAAUCUACCAAGUGUAUUACAGCACUGAAUUUCAAAGAGAUAUGCAGACAAGAGAAAUGAGGUUCAUAACUGCUUCUUGGGGUGGAUAAGAAAUACCCCAGUAACACACUGAACAACAAAAUCUCACAUAUGACAAGAAUACAUUGUAAGCAAAGAAAACAGUAUCCAUAGUAAACAACAGUUUCCAUUUGUUACCUACACAUUAAUUUCUGUAUUGUCUACUUAACUAGCGAUUAUCUUUUGUGUGCACAUUUCACAAAUUUAGAGAAACACCACAAGCUUAAUUUACCCCCACAAUAAAAUAAAGAAAAUGUCUUGUUUCAGUAUAAUACUAAACCAAGAAUUAAUUACUGUUUGGGUUCGGGGGUCCAGAAUAUUUCGUGUUGACUAAAUUAGAUGUAGACUUUGUAAUGUGUAACUUGAAGAUACGUAAUUUAUGAUUAAAUUGUGUGUAAAUGUUGUAGUAUAAACUGUGGUAAAUAUAUAAUUUCAUUAGUAAUGGUUUCCAAUGACUGUUAAUAAAUGAUUUCCUUUGUGUGACUGCAGGUUAAGUAGCGUUUUGUGAAUAUAUUGUUGCCCCACUUGUGAAGCUCACUAGAUUGUAUAUGAUUUGGUGUAUAGAAUAACUUAACUUUUAACACCUAGAGUCUAAUGAGUGAAAUUUCAAAUUAAUUAGUGAAAUUGUUUUUUCCUCUUUGUAUUUGUUAGUGGUUCCAGUGAUUUGAGGCAUGCUGGUUUUCCAGAUGCACAAAACCCCAAAAGUAUUGAUGGUGUUUGAAACUUUAUUGAAAUAAGAUCAUGUAUAUGUAUUGAUAUUGUUGUGAUUAUUGUUGUUAAUAUAAAUUAUAAACCUGGGGAAGAUAAAGAAACCCAGAAUGACAAAAUCAGUGCUUCCAGUAGAGUUAGAUUGCUGUUUUUCCUCUCAACACACAUAUUCAAAAUAGAAAAAAGGAAAAAAAACAGAUUGUUUAAGUGAGAAUUUUUGUUUUAAUUAUUUAUAUUUUCUUUCAUUACUAGUAUAGUUAUAUUUAUACUCAUAUAUACAAACUGGAAAGGAGAUUAAAAUGGAGGGUAAAUUUUUCAAAUAAAUAGUGUAUCAGUAACUUGAAUGCUUACUUUACUAAUGGAAAUAUGAAAUCUGAAAUUGAGAUUUUUUUUCUGAUUAUGAGACUUACUGAAUUACGAGGGAAGCUCUUAUAUCCUUAUGUUUAACAAAUUGGAAAGUAUUGAUACCUUUCCUAGAUAUAUAGGAAUGUACAGACAUGCUUUUUAUGCCCUUUCUAAAUCUGGUUUUAUAAUCAGACUUAGACAGUGUUUAGGAAAUUAAAUGACUGGGCACUCUCUUCUGGUUUUAUACCACAGAGAUGUUGAAUGGAAGCAGGCUGGACAAAGCCAAAGAGGCAAGGGGUUUGAGCCCAGUUCUUCUCCCCUAUGCAUUCUCUUUCUUAGCUUCCACUAGGUAUAGCCUUGGAAACCAGAAACUUCCAGGGCUGUAGAUUUGGUGAGAUAUUUCUCAUCACAUUAUACGUUAUUUCUUUGAAUGGAUGGACAGAGCUAUAGGUUGACAAAGCUGAUAAGUGGUUCUUCUGAAAAGCAAAUUAUUUUCUCCUAGAACUGCAAGAUGCCCUUAUUUACCAUCAGUUAAAAAUGUUUCCACCAGAAAAAGCUAAAGAUUUGAUUUUAUUUCAACUUAAACAGUGAUAUGGUAUUUUCAUAUGUUUGCCAGACUGGUUAUACUAUAUUUUGGUCAUAUUCUGUUAAAAGGUGACUAUUAAUUUUUUAUCUAUAGCUUUAAUAUACACACUUCUAAUUGUAUUCAAACUGUGUAUCUCAUGUGCUAAAUACAUAUACAUUCAUUUCUCAGAAUUUAUCUCCAAGUUUUAACUAAUACUGUGUCAGUGUAUUAAAACUAACAUUUACAUAUACUACAAACAAUGUAGACAAUUUAGAGGAUAAAUUUUACAGUCUCAUUUAGUACUUUAACAUUUUAUUUUCAGUUACACAAAUGUGGUUAGAAAAUAUAUUGUUAAAUGAUUAGUGCUAUUGUGCAGUGGUGACAGUAUGAAGAGCUUCUGCCUUCUCAAACUAAUGUUUGUCACACACUUUCAUUAAAAUGGUAAAAUAGUAGACUAAAGGAAUCCUAAAUUGGGCAGUCCUGAAAUUUCAAUCAUGUCGUACACAAAAGAUAACUUUACUCCUGAGUAAGUUACAUGACAUUUAGCCCUAAGCAUAUUUUAAGUUUUCUUUAAUAUUUUAUUAAGGCUUAAUGUAGCUAUACCUAAUAUACAUUUAUAAAGUUAUGAUUUUCUUUGUAUUCUUCUAAUUUAUGAUUCAUUAUAUUUAUACUUUGUUUUAUUUUUCUUUUUGUUUUUAUAAGCCAAGUUCUAGCUACAUUGAAGUGAAAAUUUUUCUCACAAAUGUAGGGUACAAUUUUUGGUAUUUUCAAGUGGCCUAAUUGACCUGCAUACUAUGGGAGCAGAGCAACUGAUUAUAUACAGACAGAGACAUUUCUAUAACAUGUGCCAAUUAUCUCACUACAGACUCUUAGACAGCAAACUUAAUAUAUUCAUACACAGUAGAUUUCAUACAGUAACCAUCCAUGUGCUUUCCAUAAAUAUGAUUAUUAUAAGCACUGUAAGUUUACAACAUUAAGACUAGAGAAGAAAAGGCUGCUCAUAAAAAUGUGUGUGUACAAAUUAAAAAAAAAAGAAGGCAAUUGUUUUGUGAUUGUAUAUGAUAAUUUUAAGAAUAAAAUUUGUGAAAUUUAUGCUGUCCCUGCUUAAAAUAUUUGAAAAUUUUGAACUGUGUAUUUAUGUUUGUAUUGAGGAAGACUCCUCCUCUGUGACAUCAUACAGCUUCUAAAAGUGAACAGUAUCCCAAAUUAUGGGGUGCUUUGGAAAUGAAGGAUUGGAUGUUUUUUGGACCAGUAUGGCAGUAUGUAGUCCAGUGACAACUGUGUAUUAAUUGUUCUAUUUCAGGUUCUGUAUUGCAUGUUUUCUUAUUCAUAAAUAUAGAUAUUAAUAAAGUAGUUAUGAGAAAUAA